AUGUCUGAAAUGGGCGUCACCGGGAAUGGCACCGAUCGAGCCCUGGAUAAUGGCGAAGCAUUCGACAACAAGCUCGCUGCUGUUCAGGGUGCUCCAGGUCCCGACGCAAAGCGCGAGCGAAGCGGUGAAUUGAGGAGAGAGAGUUGGGCACACAUGGGUCACGCUAAGUUGACCCGGCAGAUGACCACCAAGGUUAUGAUUGCCGCGUGA